UGUCUUGUUGCACUCUCACUCAUUUGUACUCUCCAUUUCUAUAGAAGAAGGCUUCAUUGACUUCAUGAACCGGUGAAUUGGUGACGCCAGCCCGGCAGUUCCUGCUUACGAGGGAACAUGGCGGAGAAGAAAGUGUUCGCCGCCAUUGAAGCGAUUGAGGCCCAAAUAGAGGCAACUCAUGUGCAUCGGCAGCGGCUCCAGGAGGAGCUCCUGAUAGAACACCUAAGCAAGCGGGAGCCGCUGCUGCAGCGCCGGUAUGAGCUGGUGACAGGGCGCUCCGAGCCCACCGAGGAAGAACUGCAGGGCUUCCAGCCUCAGGGCGCUGCAGCCGCAGCCGCAGCCGCAGCCGCAACAGCCAGUGCUGCCGUCAAGAGUCCGAGGGGAGGAGGAGCUGCGGCUGCUGCUGCCGCCUCCACUACUGCCGCCUCCCCUGCUGCUGCUGCCGGUGACAAGGUGUCUGCCGGCGUGCCCUUCUUCUGGCUCAACGCGCUGUGCAAUCAGGAGCAGCUGGCCCCCCUCAUCACCCCCCGCGACAGACGCGCGCUGGAGCACCUGGAGGAUGUGCGCUACGUGCGCGGGCCGGCGGGCAUGGUGGUGGAGUUCGCAUUCGGGGAGCGCAACCCCUUCUUCAGCAACAGGGUUCUGCGCAAGGGCAUCUACGUCAAGCGGACUGCAGCUGCCACUGAUGCUGCCGCUGCUGGCGGCAGCGGUGGUGACAUCGAGGAUGUGCGGGAGGAGUUCACGGUGAUCGAUUGGUAUCCGGGCAGGAGCCUGCUGGUGCGGCGGUCGCCGGGAGGAGGAGGAGGAGGAGGAGGAGGAGGGCGGGGAGGCGGCAGGCGGCGUCCCUGCCCCUCCUUCUUCCGCCUGUUCCUUCCUAUCGGCAACCCGGCAACCACGGCGGCAGAUGGGGAUUCCGAUUGCUCUUCCGAGGACGAGGACGAAUCUCCUGCUCCGGGCCGCCCAAGCAGCGAGAGUGGUGUUGCCGUCACCGAUAACCACGAGGGUGCUGACGGCGGUGAGGAGGGUGGUGAGGUUGAGGAUGAGGUUGAGGUGGCCAGUCGCCCCUUGCGUGACGGUAGGGUGUUGGAUGUGCUGAUCCGCAAGGUCAUUCCCUCCGCCGUACACCUGUACAUGAAGCCCCUGCUGAAGGAGGGGGGGGAGAAGGGGGAGGGGAAGGAGGAGAGAGAGGUGGGGGCGGCAGGGGCGCCUGCAGCAGCAGCAACAGCAGCCUCAGCAGCAGGUGCGGAGGGCGAGAAAAGGGCACCGGGCAGCAGCCGCUGCAAGAGGAACGAGGAGGAGGAAGAUGGCGAGGAAGAAGAGCAGGCUGAAGAAGAGGAGGAGGAGGAGGAGGAGGGUUACCAGCUGGUCAGCGGGCGGCCCGCCGGGGGAGUUGGGGACCUGGCGCUGGCCUCGCAGCGAGCACUGUGGGCGCUGAGGGGCCUGCAGCGGCAAUUGGAUGCCCUGUGUGCCGAGCUCAAGGCCGGCGAGUGGCGCGCGGCGGUGGGCCAGGCGGAGGCGGUGGGCAGGCUGGGGGAGCAGCGCAGGAGCCUGCUGGUCGGGCCGGCGGGCGCCCCCGGCCGCCAGCUCUCCAUCCCCGCCUUCUGGCUGCGAGCCCUGCUGUCCACCCCCGCGGGCGGCGGCAUGGUGGGGCGGCGGGACGAGGGCGCGCUGGCGGCGCUGGCGGACUUGCGGGUGGUGUGGGACAACGAGCGAAUGCCGAGUGCGGGGGAGCCGGUGCGCAAGGCGACAGUCGAGUUCGAGUUCCUGCCCAACCGCUACUUCAGCAACCGGGUGCUUCGGAAGCACAUCACCUUCUUCGCACCCGGGGGCAGCCUCACGCGGCUGGGGGUGCAGGCGGCAGAGGCUGAACCCAUCGACUGGAAUCCCGGCUGUGACCUCACCCUCUUCAAGCCGUGGCGGGCAGCAGCAGCAGCGGCAGCCAGCAGCGGGGGCGGGGGCAGUGGCGACAGCGGCCGCAAUCCGGCUGGAAAGGUGGAGGGCGGCGACGGCAGCAGCAGCAAGCCCCGACGCGUGCCUAGCUUCUUCGCCUGGUUCGAUAACUCGCCCGGUGCGCUGUGCCGCGCAUUCCGCAUUCCGGGCCACAGCCGAGCUGCUCGGGCGGAGGCGCUGCAGGCCCAGGAGGAGUUCCUAGGGGAGCUCAUCAACACGCUGACAGCCUACCCGGGCAGGCUGGCAGCGCAGACCAAGGUGGAUGUGAAUGACUUGGGAGAUGAGCGGGAAGACGAGGACGAGGAGGAGGACGAGCAGGAAGAUGAGGAGGAGGGGGCCACCGAGGACGAAGACGACGUGGAGGAGGAGGAGGAAGACGAAUCCGCCGACAACACCGCAGCCGCCUCCCGCCGUGCCGCCCGUUCCGCUGCUGCCGCCGCCCGCCGGUCUGCUGCUGCUACUGCUGGUUCCGUCGCUCGAAAGAGGGGUGCCGCAGCAGGCGCUGCUUCUGCUGCCAGGGCCGGUACCACCACUGCUGCUGACGCUGGCGCUGGCGUGGUUGGCGCGGGAAGCGGUGGACUGCUGGGCCGCCUGCUGCUGCUGUUAGGCGCCGGCAGCGGCGGCGGCAGCCCGUCCCUGAGCGGUGUGGUGCUGGUGGUGUUUGUGUUGGUGAUGCUGAUGGCUCAGGUGCUGCUGUUUCUUGACACGCUGGAGUACGUGCGGGGGCGCUUCAGCUGGG